AUGGAUCUGCUGUGCCCGUGGUGCUUCAUCGAGAAGCACAGCCUGGACGCGCUGAUGCAGCGGUACACGGAGGAGCAUCCCGAGGUGCGCUUCGAGGUGGCCUAUAAGCCGUAUUACAUUGCGCAGACAAUGGCCAAGCGCAACGUCGAGAAGCGCUCCGUCUACGACCGCCUCAACAACCUCUAUCCAAACUUCCUCUCCCGCAUCCAAGUCACCGGCGCAAAAUACGACAUCGCAUUCUCCAUCCGCGGCCUCACGGGCAGCACCCGCCCCGCCCACCGCCUCAUCGCCCUCGCCCUGCACGAGCUCGGCGCCGCCGCCCAGUCCCGCGUCGUCGAGACCCUCUUCCAGGGCCACUUCGAGGACGGCCGCGACAUCAGCGACGAAGGCUGGCUAAUCAGCGUCGGCGUCGCGGCGGGGAUGCCCGAGGCCGUUGUGAGGCUCGGGCUUGAGGACGAGGACGCCGCGAGGAGGGUCGAUGCCAUGGCUGAGGCGGCGAGGGAUGUUAUUGGGGUUGAGGCCGUGCCGUGCGUCAUGGUGCAGGGGCGGUACAAGGUGGGAGGAUACCAGGAGAGCCAGGUCUUUGAGAGCCUGUUUGAAAAGAUUCGGCAGGCUGGUGAAGCUUUCUAG